AGAAAAACAAACCCUCAUUUAGCAUGUCCUGUCCCUCCUUUUCUCUCUCCGAUCCAAUUUAUAGCUUUCUCUUCCCUUUUUUGUGUGCGUGCAUGGCGUAUCUUUCUAUGUUUGAUGGUUGAGAUUAAAUUCGGAUCACAGGGGAUACAUAUAAUCAUCAUUUCCUUAAAAAAAGCUGAGGGAGGCAAACAUGAACAGCAAAGCCUCUGUCUCUAAGGAGCUUAAUGCCAGGCACACCAAGAUAUUAGAGGGCCUUCUUAAGCUGCAGGAGAACAGAGAAUGCGCUGAUUGUCAUAGCAAGGCACCGCGAUGGGCAAGUGUGAACCUUGGAAUAUUUAUAUGCAUGCAAUGUUCAGGAACUCAUCGGGGUCUUGGGGUGCAUAUUUCACAGGUACGGUCUACCACACUGGAUACAUGGUUGCCAGAGCAGGUUGCUUUCAUGCAAUCCGUGGGUAACAGGAGAUCCAAUAGUUUCUGGGAAGCAGAACUGCCUCCAAAUGUUGACAGAAGUGGGAUUGACAGAUUUAUCCAUGCUAAGUAUGGGGAGAAAAGAUGGGUUUCAAGAAAUUCAAAGCAACCAACUGAAGUUUUAAGUCGAAUUAACUAUACUAAUGACAUGUUGGUAGAAGGUGCAGCUAGUAGGGUUGUUCCGAGGCAAACACGGCCACAGUCUCUUGACGAAGAGAGUUUUACCAGGAUCACAGCACAACUUUCUCCUCCAAUUACAAGACCUCGUUGGGCUUCGUUGGACAUGAAGAGCGAUCCAAUUGCUUUUCCUACACCAAAGGGACUAACUGAGAGCAUAAAGAGGACCGAUGGUCCUACAGACCUCUACAGCUUGCUUUAUGUCGAUGAUACGCAACAAAAUACCUCUUCCAUGGCAACUCCUUCGAGCUGGGCAACUUUUGAUUGAAACGAUGUGCUGUUCAAGCAGGUGGAGCUACUUCACAGCUGGUCAAGUCGGACCAUGGCAUCGAUUACCAACUAGCCACUAAAGUAUAGAUCACAAGUUUAUGGACUGAAGUGAACAGUUUAUAUGUCAUCAACAAGGUUUGCUCUCUCAUAUUUUGCCAAAUUUGGCACACCCCUUUUCCUCUAGGAGGUGCCAUAAGAUUCGAAGAACAUUCUCUGUCAAGGGUAGUGGUUUCUCAUCUCUGUAUGUAGGAAAAUCAUUUCCUAGAUAAACAUCAUUUAUCUGCUUGUGGCUGUGCAAAUGUUGACAUCCUUUUCUGUAUGCCAUACAGUAUGAAAGCAAGGGAUAGUGUAUCAUUUCUUGUAAAUUGUGAUAUUCAGUUAAAGUUGUGGUUUCACCCUUCAUUGAUGACUGUUCAAGGAUCUUUCUUGGAUGAGAAGCGAGGUGUUGAGCAAGAAAUUGUGCUAGUUGCUCCACUGAAUUGUUUACAGCUAGCGGCAUGUAAAUCAUACGCAGAAGUAUACAAUUUUAAAGCUAAGAGUUACAGUUUGAGUAGGAUGGAUUUCAGGACAUGGAUCUAUCAGUGCAUCUGUCAACUUUUCAAGUUUCAUGCAGAAUUUACUUAAAUGUAACACAAAGGCCAUCUCUUCCUGUUUUCUGAGAUGCCUUUCCUCCCCUUCCCAUGACUAUUCUUCGGCUGAUUACUGGGGCAUUUAGGAGGUUAAUGUGAUUGAUUUACUUCA